AUAGUCAAUUCCGGCUGCUUUUGAGGCUGGCUGUUUGUGCUGAGGCUUCAGAGGCUCUCGGAUUGUCGAGCUCGCCGAGUUUGAUCCCAUUCCAUAGGAGCUGUGGUCAGAAGAACUGCCACUUUAAAAGGACUCGAAGUUCUCCAACCCUGCGGCAAAACCAACCUCACCAUGUUGGCGGGCAUGUAAUUGCACACAUUUUUGGACUGUGUCUUCAUAUUCGUUUUUUUCUUUUCACAGUCCAGCAAAAUAAUACGACUAUAACUGCCGUAAAUAAGACUGUAAAAUUUCCUUUUAUUUUAAUCCCUGAAGUAUUUGCGGCACGAGCAGGAAACAGGAAAAAAAUAAUGACCUCCAAAGAAGACGCAAAAGGCGCCUCGGUCGAGGAGAGAAGGCGCAGUCCGCUGGACCAUCUGCCUCCUCCUGCAAACUCCAACAAGCCUCUCACGCCCUUCAGCAUUGAGGACAUACUAAACAAACCUUCGGUUAAACGAAGUUACGCGCUGUGCGGCACGGCGCAUCUUCUAUCGGCCGGUGAGAAGCUCCCAUCGGCGGCUCAUCCGUUAGGAAGCCGGGCUCUGCUCACUCACACCUCUCCUCUGUGCGCGCUGGAGGAGCUGGCCAGCAAAACCUUCAAAGGACUCGAAGUCAGUGUUCUUCAGGCCGCUGAAGGAAGAGACGGCAUGACAUUGUUUGGCCAGAGGAAUACUCCCAAAAAGCGGAGGAAGUCGAGAACGGCCUUCACAAAUCACCAGAUAUACGAGUUGGAGAAGCGGUUUCUCUACCAGAAAUAUUUAUCUCCGGCGGACCGGGAUCAGAUCGCGCAGCAGCUAGGUUUAACCAACGCGCAGGUCAUCACCUGGUUCCAGAACCGACGAGCCAAGCUCAAGCGCGACCUGGAGGAGAUGAAAGCGGACGUAGAAUCGGCCAAAGCCAUAGGCUCGGUGUCCUUCGAGAAGAUGGCCAAAUUAGCGGACCUGGAAAAGUGCGCAAACGGCACGGCUGCGCCUCCAGUAAACGAAUCUGCGGGACUGUGCGGGAGAGAGCGGGACAGCACGAGCCAGCGGCCUGCGUCUCCGACAUCACCGCUCACAGACCACACGACUAGCAAAGACAGCUCCGAGGACGAAGAGGAGGAAAUCGACGUUGAUGACUGAUGCUCAGCAUCCAGCGUUUACGAACCUCUUUUCCUUAAAACAAUAGAGUUUAAAGUGCCAUUAAUGCACCAAAUGUAUUUAAGAGACUCAUGACAAUUGAAAACACAAAAGCAUGGACAGUUUUCUCAGAUUUAUUUAUGCAAUGACAGUUAUCUAAACAUCACAAUCAUGUAGCUUAUUUAUUUUAAACAAACUGUUAGUUGAAGGAAAGCAAUAAGUACCCUGACAUAAUCUCUCUCUCUCUCUCUCUCUCUCUCUCUGACACACACACACACACAUCCACACACACAUGCACACACAUAAAAUAUAAUUGCCCGUUUAGGCCAUAUAGAGAACUUACCGUGUUUUGAGGAAAUGUAUAAUGCAUGUUAUAUUUUAUGUUACAAUUUUAUUUUUGUUAAAAAAAAUGACUGCAGAUCUGUUAUGAAUAGCUCCGAAACGUUCAAAGGCUACAAUAUUCACACGUGUAGAGCGUGUGCCCAUGUAAUGCGUAUAUAGGACUGCAACGUCUUCAACGUUUGAUAUAUCAAAUUUUGUUACAAAACAUUUCAUACUAACGUUACUGCGUGUGGGGGGGAAAAGGAUAAUUCUGCUUCAAUUUAGACGGUGACAUUUUGAAUAUAUUUCUUAUGGUUUGUAUGCCUGUAAGUGCCUUUUAAACCAAGACACCAUUUAA